AUGAAGCUUCAAAACGUUUCCCUGCUGGCUUACAGUGGCCUUGCCUCGGCCACUCUCACUCAACAAUGUACCGGCAAUGCCGUCAACGAGGGCGGUAACUGGUUCUGUGGUGCUAUCGAGGAGAUCCUCUACCAGGGAUUCUCUGGAAAGGGUAGCUACCAGGCUGUGAGCAAGAUGGGUUCUGAUGGAUCUUGCCAGAGAGAGUCUGUCUCUUAUGAUGGCGCUCUCGGACCUCUGAGCGAGGAUCUUUCUGUUCAUAUUCGAGGCCCCUUCAAGCUCAAGGAGUUUGCCGUCUACAACCUCGACUCCAGCAAGAAGAAGCGUGACACCGAGACUGUCCCCUCUCCUCACCUCCACGGCCAUCGUCAUCUCCACGAGCAGCGCAAGAAGCGUGAAGAGUGGGUUACUGCUACUAUUGACGGAAAGGUCGUGUCCUGGAAGAACAACUGGUUCGGACCAUCUGCUACUCAAGCUGCUCCUGCUGUCGUUGGUGCCCCUUCCGACAAGGCAAAGAAGCCUGAAAAGACCGAGAAGAAGCCUCUCAAGGCCAGCUCGCACUCCGCUGUGAGCUCCAAGAAGGAAGGAAGUGCUAAGACAAACUCCUACUCUGGUUCUUCCGGUGGACACUGGAAGCGUACUGCUUACUACAACUCUCAGCGACGAGUUGCUGAUAAUGUCAUGUUCUUGGGCAACUAUGGUGGUGAAGGAUCCGGUGUCUUUGACAACACCUGGGGCAACUCUCUUUCUUACCUCAACGCCAAAGGAACCGGUGGCUCUUCUUCUUCCAAGGUUCUGAAGGAUGUCUACAUCCCUUCAAACAAGGAGUUCUCCAUCUGGAGUGCCGAGAAGUGCGACAAGAGCUGUGGUUACGCUCGCGCCAAAGAUGUCGCAUACAAGGGCUUCUCCGGUUCCAACAAGAUCUUCCUCUUCCAGUUCAUGAUGCCCAUGGACGGCGACAAGGGUUUCAACGGCGACAUGCCCGCUCUCUGGGCCCUUAACGGCCGCAUCCCCCGUACCGGCCAAUACAGCGAGUGCAGCUGCUGGAAGACUGGCUGCGGUGAGGUCGAUAUCUACGAAGUCCUCGCUUCAGGCGAUGACAAGUGCAAGAGCACUUUCCACAUGAACAACGGCGCUGGAAGCUCUGACUACUUCAAGCGUCCCACUGACAAGUACAUCAAGGUUGCUGUUGUUUUCUGUGAGCGAACUUCAAGCGUUGCUAUUAAGCAGCUGUCUGAUAACUUUGACUUUGGCUCGUCGCUGAGUGAUGAGACUGUCAAGUCUUGGGUUAAGGAUAUGUCUUCUCCCAAGAAGGGCAGCAGCUUGUUCCAGCUUUCUGCUUCUCUGUAG